CGUCUCUUCUCGGUGGUGAAACAUUCCACAUGUGGCCUGUCUGUCGCAACUUCCACUUUUCAUAUUUGCGUCUUUUUUUCCGCUGUCUGCCGCACCCAAAACAAUGUGAGCACCAUGCUGUGUUUGGACAGCGGCCUUCUUCAUCGUCGUCUUCGUCGUCAUUUGAGUACUGAAGAAGAGAGCCUGCCCUCUGCACAGCAAUGUCAAACCAUGAGAAAAACAAAAGGAUCCUGCUGGAAUUAGUGAAGGAGCCGCACAACAGCCGCUGCGCUGACUGCGGCGCGCCAGAUCCAGACUGGGCGUCCUACAAGCUGGGUGUGUUUGUGUGUCUGAACUGCUCUGGCGUGCAUCGCAGCCUCUCCAGCCGAGUCAAAUCCAUAAAGUUGGACUUCUGGGAGGAUGAGCUGGUCGAGUUCAUGAAAUCUAGUGGCAAUGCCAGUGCCAAAGUUACAUACGAGAGAGCUGUUCCACCAUACUACUACCGGCCACAGGAAAAUGACCAUGCUGUCCUGCGAGAGCAGUGGAUCCGGGCCAAAUAUGAAAGGACAGAGUUCAGCGGGGAAACCAAGUAUCCUCCACUUGCAUAUACCACAGGUUUCUAUGAAGGGCUGCUGUGGAAGAAAGGAAAAGAGAACACACAGUUUCUGAAGAGGAAGUUUGUGCUGUCAGAGAGAGAAUUCACAAUGACUUAUUACAACAAGGACAAUGAGUCCAAAGGCCCUAAAGCUGUGAUUCCUAUCAAGGACCUGAACGCCACUUUUCAGCCAGACAAAAUCGGUCAUCCUAAUGGGCUGCAGCUCAUUUACCAAGAUGCCAUUCAUACCAGGAACCUCUAUGUUUAUCACGAGAGUCCAGAGGAAAUAGUCACAUGGUACAACGCCAUUCGUGCAGCGCGCUACGCAUACCUGAAAACAGCAUAUCCGACAGGAAGUGAUGAAGAACUGAUACCAAAGAUAACAAGAAAUUACCUCAAAGAAGGAUACAUGGAAAAGACAGGGCCGCAGCAGACGGAGUCAUUCAAAAAGAGAUGGUUUAUUUUGGACUCUCAGAACAGGAAGUUGCUCUACUUCAAAGGUCAACUGGAUGCAGAGGAGUUAGGUGCGGUCUUCAUCGGCACAGAGAGCAAUGGUUACUCUGUGAAGGAAUACAUCCCAAAACACACACGUGGAAACAAGUGGAACUGUGGCCUUAUGGUGGACACGCCUGGGCGGCAGUUUGUUUUCAUGUGUGAGCAGGAGAGGGACAAAAAAGAAUGGUUGGAUGCCCUGAAGCAUGUCCUGUCCAGACCCAUGGCACCACAGGAUUACACUGUUGAAGCCAACAUCAAGUACAAAAACUAAACUGCUAAGAGGGCUGUCUGCAAGAUGAUGAUGAGAUGACAGCAGUUCAAGAAAAUUCACGUGGCUCCAAUGCUGACUCAACUUUGUGUUGCCAUAAUCACCUUGAACUUAUACUGACUGCUCCAUGGUGUAGCUUGACCUCCAUGUGAUCGCCUCAACACUGGACAUGGAAUCUGAUGGCAUAUUACAGACUUCAAAGUUUUUAUUUAGAAAAUUAUUCUACAUUUGGUUGUGAAUGUUUUUGUAUGUCUGGACAAAUAAAUGCCAUUUUCUAAAUA